AAAAUCCAGGAAAUUUAAUUUCAUCCUCUUUUUGUAGAAAUUUGGGAUCUGAAAAUUUUUUCCUUCCAUUUUUCUCUUUUUACUGGUAGCAAGAAAAAUCCAAUAAUGGCUUUACACUAUUAACCAGGGGUGCGCAGGCUAAACAAGAUCUUUGUACGUUACUAACGUGAGCUAGGUUUCUGCUGCUUUGGUGUAGGAAUAAUAUCCGUAUAUAAAUAAAUCACAAAGAAAAACCAAAAUAAAUAAAUAAAAUCUCCUAUGUUGUUUUUGUUGGUGGUGGAGGUAUAAAGAAUGGAGGAGAUUCAGAGAAUCGCCGAAAGUGAAAAGCGGUGGUGGUAGAGUUUGUUGUUUCAGAGACAGAGAAGGAAAGGGUUUAGGGUUCGAGUAGGAAACUGGGAGAUGCGCCGAGAGACAAGAAAGGUAUUAGAAGUUUUAGGUAUUCAACAAAUUAAUAGCAGCAAAGAGGGUUUGGGUUCUGAGAAUCACAAUAUGGGUUUUUCAUCUAAUAAUAAAAAGAAGAAAGAAGAUGGUGUUCAAUUCUUGAAUAGCAAUAGCAAUAUGAAUUAUAAAGAUCAAAAACAUGAGAAUCAUUAUCAAGAAUUAAAAAGAGAUGAUGAUGAGAUUACAACAAUUCUUACAUUGCCGACGAUCUUGACGCUUGGCCGUGUUGCUGCUGUUCCUCUUCUUGUUAGUACUUUUUACAUGAGUGGAUAUUGGGCAACAACGGCUACAACAAGUAUAUUUAUUGUUGCAGCAAUUACAGAUUGGCUUGAUGGAUAUAUUGCUAGAAAGAUGCGGUUAGGCACAGCAUUUGGUGCAUUCUUGGAUCCUGUUGCCGAUAAGCUUAUGGUUGCUGCGACGUUGGUGUUACUAUGUACGGGGACUCUGGAAGUGGCUGUGUUUGGUGAAGUGCCAUGGUUACUGCCUGUACCUUCUGUUGCUAUCAUCGGUAGAGAGAUAACAAUGUCGGCAGUGAGAGAAUGGGCCGCAUCUCAGAAUAGUAAAGUUGGCAAGGCUGUUGCUGUCAAUAGCUUGGGAAAGUGGAAAACUGCCACCCAAAUGACUGCACUAACGAUUCUCUUGGCUGCUCGAGACCGCAGUCUUGCAGGACCGGGGAUUCUUGUUAUAUUGGGUGUAAGUUUGUUAUAUAUCUCAGCUGGACUUGCUCUAUGGUCAUUAUUUGUCUACGUGAAGAACAUAUGGAGAACAUUGGUGAAGUAAUAAAUAUUAGAGAGGUGACUUCUCUCUCACACUUUGAGUUUGGCUUGGAUUAGUCAGCUUCCACAUUUAAAGAACAAAAGGAAAUGCAUUUCCAUUUCCUGUAUUGUUUCUUAUCAGAAUUAGAGAGAGACCCCUUUAGGUGAUCCAUCCCCGUUUUGAGGAGGAUGUGUGGGGUUUCUGCAGAUAAGUCGCUGCUGAAUGAGAAGAAAUGUUUUAGAGAUACAUUAGGGUUGAGAUUUGCUUGAUAGAAAUGUAUACAUUACUUACUAAAUUAAUGUAAAAUUAUCUAGACAGAAUUUAUUUAGACGAGUA